AUUUUAUGUAUCUAAUAAGUUCAUGCAAAAAUGAAUUCAGACAUGCUCCAUUCCUGCUUACGGCCACAAUUUUGGUAAGGGCGACCUCAAAUAUGUUAUGUUUGAGUUUCUCCAAUAUCUGGAGAAUUAUCAGGUUCAAAGAGCUAACGAAAUUAAUAAAUGAUUUAUCGACUCAAGACACCAUUCUGAGGAAAUCGUAUUGUCGGAUCGAUUACGACUCAAACUCCAAAAAGAUUUGUAUUUACGUCUGGUCAACGUUUUUAAUAAUGACGUAUUUUAUGACUUGGGACGCAUGCCUUACUUACCGGACCUUCGGUUUCCGGCUAGAGUGGUUCAUUUGGCUGUUUCCAAUGUUCGUACAGGUGAUGGAUACCACGAUACUGGUGUCACUGAUCGCCUGGCUCGGAUUGGAAUAUCAUUCGAUAAAUAACAAAAUAAAUGACGUCGUGACAAGGGCAAACACAUCGCUUACCAAAAUUGUUUUUCGACCAGUUCGUCGGACUUUUAUUUUUUAGCUCAUACCUCCUCAGCAUGGGUAUAAAAUUCCAAUUCUUUUGUAUUCAGAUCAUCGUGACUUCAAACUUUGGCGCGGAAAAUUUGCGAAUCCUGUCAAAAUUCCAUUACGACCUUUGCGAAAUUGGUAAACGCAUAAAUCGAUGGUAUUAUGCACCUGUCAUCAUCAAUGUGACGACAGCCUUCAUAAUAUUAAGCACGAGUCUUUAUAUCCUCUUCGAUCAAAUUCAGUUCAAGGACCACGUGGCUACGGCGUUUUUCUUUUCGUACAUUCAAUUGGAGAUUAGUUACAGCCUUCCGAUAAUUAUAACCGUGAUUAUUUGCAAUUGGACGUCAAAUCAGGCUGUUCAUACUGCAGAACUGAUCCACGAGAUUCGAGUAUUGAAUGCGGACUCGCCAUUGUACGAUGUCAUCAAAUCAUUUUCGUUGCAACUGCAUCACCAGAAACUGGAGUUCACAGCCGGUGGACUUUUUCCUCUUGAUUCCAGUCUGUUACAGACGAUGGCAGGAAAGAUUACUACUUACUUAGUAAUACUUAUCCAGUUUCACCCGAGGCUAGAGUGGAAUUCAAAAUGAAAUUGAAUGGCAAUGAAACAUCGUCAGAAA